AAACGAUAUGCCUCAGCAUGGUUAUUUUAUAUUAUUUUCAAGGUAAAAAUCCUGCAUAGUAUGCCUUUAAACCUCUAUUUUUGUUGUAGUACACGCUUCAAACUUUUAUUUUGAAAUUUCACCUUAUUUCCUACCGGAAGUGAUCUCUUUGUUCCGGCAUUGUUUGGUCCAAUCUUGAGUUUAUUAACUUCCAUCAAGAAGUGCAAGGGGAGCCUCGGGAAAAUAUUUUACAAUUUAGUCCAACUCGUCGACUAAAUGCAGAUACCUGGAAAUGGAAGAAACCGCGUACAUGUUUACGCUUCAGGUGCAACUGGACUCGUGCAUGGACUCUCUUUUGAAACGAACCACAGCUGAGAUAACUGCUCUUGUGAAAGACACGUUUUCUCCAAAUAAAGAUAAUGUUGUCUCCAAGGAAACUGAGAAACGUCUCGCAUCAGCUAACCCGAAUUAUCCAGAGUGUCAGCUGGGGAAGUCCAAAGCGGAAAAAACACCGGUCAUAUUUGGAGAACCCGAAACAGGCGACAGGCAGUCGGAUACGGAGAUUUUAUUGGAAUUUCAAACACAGCUGACGUCUUGCAUGGACUGUCUCCUAAAACAGGCCAUGGUUCAGAUUAUCGCCUGGGUAAAGGACACCGUGGUCCAGUUUCACGAGAAGAUCGCUGCAAAGGAAGCGGAGAUUCGACACCUGGCUGAACAGCUACACGUUUUAGAAACGCAGACGCAAGUUACUCUGAAAGCCGUUAGCUUUGGCUCACCCGACGACCGGCCCAGCGAAUCCCCAGCGGUGUUUGAAGAGAUCGAACGAAUUGACAACGAUGCAGUGGGACUGGAACAGGAGAGCGGCGCUGCCGUGGUUCGGAAUGUUCCGGAAGCGGCCUGCUUCGUGGAGGCGGAGCCGGCAGUGGAUUACGAGCUCACCGUGGCGACCACGGCCCUGGAUGGGGGUUCCCUCUGCGGGGACGACCCCCAGGGCGGGCCCCAGGACGAGAAAGGGGAGGUGGUGCUGGAGAUCUCCCACUCCUACGCCGGGCCCUGGGGGGCCGAGGGAGACGGCGGGGGGGAGCCCCCUCCGGUGAGGGGGGGCCCCGCGGACGCUGCCACGCCUCCGGCGGGGGCCCCGGGGCCGGGGGCGGCCCACCACAGCUGCAGCCGGUGCUGGAAGAGCUUCAGCAAAGAGUGGGUUCUGCGCAGGCACAUGCGCAGGCACGGCGAGGGGGGGGGCGAGGGCGGGCCCGGCGGCGGCCAUGACUGCCCCCACUGUGGGCGGAGCUUCAAGCAGCGCAAGGGCCUGGCAUCACACCUGCGCAGCCACAGCGGCGAGAAGCCGUUCUCCUGCGAGGUAUGCGGGCAGCGAUUCACCCGCCCGGAGUCCGCCAAGAAGCACCAGCGGCGGCACACCGGCGUGAAGCCGCACGCCUGCCCUCAGUGCCCCAAACGCUUCUACCGCUCCGACGGGCUCCAGAGCCACCUGCGCACGCACGAGGGCCGCCCCAGGCCCCCCGCCACCGCCGCGCAGCCCCGCCCCAAACUCUGCAUGUGCGCGCACUGCGGGAAGGCCUACGCCAGCGCCGGGCAGCUGGCCAAUCACGAGCGCACGCACACGGGCGAGCGGCCCUACGAGUGCGGGCAGUGCCACAAGCGCUUCGGCCAGGCGGCGGCGCUGAGCCUGCACCGCGUCACCCACCAGCGCGAGCGCCCGCACGCCUGCCCCAGCUGCCCCAAGAGCUUCCGCUGCGCCCGCCACCUGCGGCGCCACGCCCGCACGCACUCGGACGCGCGCCCCUUCGCCUGCGGGCAGUGCCCGCUCUGCUUCCGCUCCGCCGGCGAGCUGCGGGCACACACGCUGCGGCACGGCCUGCGCCGCUCGCACCCCUGCCCCGACUGCGGCAAGCGCUUCAAGACGGAGUACGAGGUGAAGCUGCACGCCCGGGCGCACAGCGGGGAGCGGCCGUACCCCUGCCCCGACUGCCCGCGCGCCUUCCGCCGCCUGCACCACCUGACCUCGCACCGGCUCACGCACACGGGCCAGCGGCCCUUCGCCUGCGACCUGUGCCCGCGCCGCUUCCUGCGGGCGAGGGAGCAGCGUACCCACCGGCGCCGCGUGCACCUCGCCCCCGACCAGCCGCUUCGCUGCGCCCCCUGCCAGCUCAGCUUCGCCAGUCCGCCCCUGCUGCAGGAGCACCGGCUCGCCCUCCACGGCCCCGCCCACACCGACCCCAAGCUCCUGCAAGGCCUGCAGAGGUUCCCCAGGAUUCUGCCCCGGCAGGCGGGGGCAGAACGGGGGGGGCAGCAGCGGGUGGGGGCAGCAGCCGGCCCAGGGGCCCCGAGGGGGGGUAAGGUGUUGGGGCCCGUCGUUUUCCUGCUGGCCGGGCAGGGCGUGUCUAUCCCCGUCUUGGCCUCGUCAACGGUUGUGACCCCCAUGACGACUGUUGCCAAGGUACCCAUAAUGCCUGUGUCCCGAGCCGUGUCGAAGACGCGGAGGAAGGCCCCCGCGCCAGAUGCCACGCCCGCGGCGAAGGGGGGCAGGAAAGCUGACACGAGGCCUUCGCCAAAAGCGCCAAACGACGCACCGGCACAGCCUGCGGCUAGGACUCCUCCCCUGGGCGGGGCCAAAGCCGCCGCAGAGACCGGGCUCAAAAUCGCCACGCGGUCCUCGGCCAAGUCGGCUCCGCCCGGCACGCCAGCAGCCACGCCCCCCUCGGACGCCACGGGCUCGCCGAGCGCCCAGGCCUCCUCCAGACUCCUCCCACCCCUGGAGCCCAAAGCCUAGAGGGCUCUGCAGCCAGAGCAGAGACGGCCAACAUCGCCUCCCUCAGAGAGAACACUGCAGUGCCCUCGCCUUCGUCCGUUCAGAGCAGAGCGCCGGACCCGGCUGGAUUCGGUCCCUGUUCGGGAUUCGGUCCCUGUUCGGGAUUCAGAUUCGGUCCCUGUUCGGGAUUCGAUCCCUGUUCGGGAUUCGGUCCCUGGUCGGGAUUCGAUCCCUGUUUGGGAUUCGGUCCCUGGCCUGGAUUCGGUCUAAACUUGUCCUUUCUCCCCCCCCCCCCCCCCCCCCCACAUUCACAGUUUGGAAAACCAAAGUCCUGAACAGGGGGUGAGAGGAGCUCUUGCUUUUGUGUGUGACUCGCUGCUGAUUGAAUCAGGUGCAAUGAAUGGGUGCAUGUAUUUAUAAAUCCUGAAUCUGGCCUUGUCCGGGUGGAAGUCAGGCUCGAUGUGAGUGACCUUUUCCCGUCGUCAGAACGUCUGUCUGUUCUGUACUGGUCUCAGAUUGAUGUUUCCUGACCUCAGCAAUGGGCGGAGCUGUGAUCAGCUGUCAGUCAUUGGUUCCAAUGACGAUUAAAACAUUUUUCACCUCACAGCAAAGCAUGAUGAUUUGUUGAAAUCAAUACGUGACUGAUAGUAUAUGACUGAUAGGACCAUUGGUUUUUUGUGUCAUGAAGCCUCAUUUUCCCAUUAUUUCUGCUCCUCAUCCUCUCUGCCCCGCCCCUCUAUGCCC